GGCUCGUCGACCGGCUCGAACAAGUCGGACAGCGUCAAGGACUUUGUCGAGAUCGAAAGCGAGCCGGAUAUCAAGGAGGUGGACGCCAACGGAGACAUGCCCAACAAGCAACAUCUGCUGAACGGCGGUGGCGUUGGUGGUGGUGGCUUCGACUGCGGCAGCCCGUACCUCCUUGAGGACAGGUCCUGCAUCGACGCCAUGUGA